AGUGACAGUCAGAAUGAUGAAGAAGAUUAGAUUAGUAGGUAAGUAUAUUAUCUGUGGUACGUACGUACGUACGGAAAACAGAAAAACUGCAAAACAAAAAGCAUUUCAUGUCUAUUUUUAACAAGUUGUAGUAGCGAAAUAAUCCUUGAUAUAUCAAUUUCUUAGCUUUAAGUAAGAGGGAAUUAUUAAAAGCUUUAGCAAGUAGAACCCAAAAUGCCCCAUGGACAUUGCCAUGACCAUCAUGACCAUGAUGAGUCAGAUGAAAUUGGAAUUCAAUACAAUCUAUUUGAAAAAAUAGAUAAAGAAAACAUACAAUGUUUAAAUGAAACUGUAGACGGGUCUGGAAAAACUGUAUUUAAAUCUUGGGAAAAAAGAUUUGAUAAAACUGAGUUUGUCCAGAGUGAUGCUGAUGAAGAAUUGCUAUUCAACAUACCAUUUACUGGAAAUGUUAAACUAAAAGGCAUUAGAAUAAUAUCUGAAGAAACAGAUUCACAUCCUAAGAAACUGAGACUUUACAAAAAUAAGCCAAAUAUGACUUUCGAUGAUGUUUCAAUGGAACCAGAUCAAGUGUUUGAACUACAAAAAGAUAGCCAAGGGCUUCUUGAAUAUAACCCAAAAAUAGUAACAUUUUCGUCAGUAACACACUUGACUAUGCAUUUUUCAAGUAAUUUCGGAGCUGAAAAUACAACUAUUUACUACAUUGGCCUGAAAGGUGAGUGGACACCGGGGCAUAGACAUGGAGUUACUAUUUGUACAUAUGAAGCAAGGCCCAACCUCGAUGAUCAUAAACUGAAACACUUGGACUCAGUUUCUAAAACUAUAGACUAGCUCUUUGUAAAUAUCUUUGAAAUAAACAAAUUUUUAUUUAA